AUGUCUCUCAAGAGCCAGAAUGUCAUCAUCACCGGCGCCUCCAUGGGCAUCGGUGCCACAAUUGCCAAGCGCCUUGCGUCCGAGUUCGCCAACCUGAUUCUCUUUGCACGCUCAGAGGACAAGCUUAAGAACAUCGCCGAAGAAUGCCAGCAGAUUGAGUCCAGCAUCAAGGUAUAUACAGCCAGCGUAGACAUCAGCAAUUACGACUCCUUAAGAAAAGCAGUAGUGAAUGCGGUCAAUGAGCUGGGUCCCAUCGACGUCCUAGUCAACAACGCAGGCCUUGCUGUUGGGGCGCCAAACAGGUUCCCGGAUCUUGCGAUUGACCAAAUCACAACCAUGAGCGGCACCAACAUCAAUGGGUUCAUGUUUGUGACAUUCGCAGCGCUCAACGAAGGAAGAAUGAAGCAGCGGAAUAAGGGCACAAUCCUGAAUGCUGUGUAUCAUGCUAGUAAGGCAUUCCAAGAGGCCUUCAGCAACGUGCUAAGGACGGAGCUGGUGGGCACAGACAUCAAAGUUCUGGCAUUGAGACCAGGUGUUACUGCGACAAACUUUCACGAAUUGAGGGUCGGAUACGACAAGGGCCAGUACGGCACAUUCAUGGACGGCUUCGAGCCCCUCAUUGCAGAAGACGUUGCGGAGGGUGCUGUGUUCAUGUUAAAUCAGAAAGAAAGAGUUAGCGUCAAGGCGCUAGAUAUUGGUCCUACGGCACAGAGAGGUUUGCAGGUCAUCGACAAAAGCUGGAAUGAGAGGAGUAGUGGUCGGAGGAAGACGCAGAUGUAGAGAGAAGGCGUCAAAUACCAGAAGAAGUAAUACAAACAGUCUGACUUACAUGACUGACGAUCAGUCCUCUCCUAAAGCUACUCGUGGCGUAUUAUCUCAAGAGUGGCACCUGACAGUGUAUCCAAGAAUAGCUCAGCCUCGAUUUCAUGUUCGUCGACUCGCAAUAGAUGGAACGCUCAAGUUCACAAGAAGAGUGCACUGCAAGUUUCUGUGUUGAGAUUAAGUAUCGAGUGCUCG